GUGUUCUAUGGUUCGCACGCGUGCAUUUGCCUCCAUUCAGUCAUAGACUCAAAGCGCAUUCUAUUUUUUGAAUUUAACCGCGAAUUUUUAAACGAUUUUUUUUCGAACUUCUUUUUCUUCUUCGGUGAAUUUUUUUUUGAAGAAUAAGAAUUAUAAGAUGGUGCGCUUAUGCGCUGUAGUGGCGUUAUGCGCGCUCGUUGCGUGCGCCGGCGCAGCCGAGAGCUCCUCUCGUUUCCAACCAAGAAAACGUAAGACUGCGGACCUCCAGGCUGAUAAGCAGAUGGAAGUGGAUGAUAUGGUGAACAACCUUCUUCAGUGGAUCCAGGGCCUCUACCAACAGAAGAACAGGAAAGCUCGUCAGUACUUCGGAGGGAAACCAGAGAAACCGAGGCCCUUUGAACCGGCAAACAACUAUCUUCCACCUGCCACUGGGUACCCAGCCGCUGGAACCCGUCCAUCUCCGACCUACAACGAGGGACCUUCACCCAGUCCCAGCCAACCGUCAUACCAGCCAAGCGAGACCUAUCAGCCACCUGAACAGUCCUACCAAACAAGCUACAAGCCCAGUCUUCCUACACAACCAGCUUAUCAACCAUCACAGCCGUCCUACCAACCGUCUCAACCUUCUUACUCUCCUAGCCCAUCAACUCCUAGUUACCAGCCAAGUCCAUCUUCACCAUCCUACCAGCCUUCUCAACCAGAACAGCAAUCUCCAAGCUACCCAUCUUCUCCUAGUUACCAACCAUCGCAGCCAUCCCAACCUAGCUACGAUUAUUCGAAACCAAGUUACCAACCGAGCCAGUCUGAUCAAACCACGCAAUCAAUCUACGUAUCCUCUGAAACUGGUAGCAUCAACACUGGUUCUAGUUCCAUUUCUACUUCUGGUUCAAGCUCUAGUUCUAGCAGUGUUAGCGGCUCAAUCUCUCAGACCACACAAACUCAAGUACAGACUGACGAUGAAGACCGCCACCCUCCUCACAUUCACGAGAUCUCCGUCGACUGCGGCAAAGAAAUGAUGACCAUCAACAUUGAAUUCAACAAAGUAUACAAUGGUCUUAUUUACUCCCAAGAUCACUACAACGAACCUGAAUGUGUCUACGUAAGAGAGAACUCGAACCAAGCCAAAUACUCCUUCACAGUCAGCUUGAACACUUGCGGUACUAGAUUCUACAGUGACUUCGAGAAUGAAGGUCAAGCAUACUUAGAAAAUGUUCUUGUUCUCCAAAACGAAGUUGGUAUUCAAGAAGUCUGGGAUCACAUCAGACGAGUCAGGUGUCUUUGGGAAGGUAACCUGAAGAAACAGCUGGUCCACUCCCUCAGUGUAGGUAUGUUGAACCAGAUCACCAGUAACUUCAGCGGAGACACUGCCAUGGCUAGGUUGGACAUUCAGACUGGUAGAGGACCCUUCGCUCCUGAAGCCAACGGUUUAGUCAAGAUCGGAGAAACUAUGACUCUAGUCGUCUCUGUAACUGGAGACGCUGGUUUCGACAUCCUCGUCAGAGAAUGUAUAGCUAGAGAUUCAGAGAACCGUAAUGUUGUUCCUUUGACUGACAGCAACGGAUGCGUUCUGAAGCCCAAGGUCUUUGGAGCCUUCCAGAAGACGAGAGACACUGGAAAUACCGGUGCUUCUAUCAUCGCUUUUGCUUUCUUCAACGCUUUCAAAUUCCCUGAUGAAAUGGACUUGAUUAUUCAGUGUGAGGUCGAACUUUGCAAGACUGACUGCGAUGUAUGCCCCAACCCUGGAAGUAUUGAGCCAAGGAGGAGGCGACGAGACAUCAUCCAUAUUGGAAACAGCACGAAGGAACCUUCCACGAUUAUUGGUAAAGGAUUGAGGGUCGUUUUAGCUGAAGAUCUUCCUGAGGCCACAGGAUUCUGUUUAUCACCUCCUGCUGCUUUAUGGGGAGGGUCUCUAGUACUUAUCUCUUCUUUGAUGAGCAGUAUCCUCGUCUCAUACUGCUGGCAGAAGUCCCGAGGAUCUGCCAAGUUUGCGUAAAGUAUUAUAACGUAUAUUUUAUUUAUAGACAUAUUAGGAACCGGGUGCUGAAAACUUCAUUAUACCAUUGUUAAAAUCCCAUAGUAUAAGUAUUUAUAAAUAACUGUUUGUAAAGAAAAAUGUCACAAAGAAUAUUAGGAUUAUGUCUUGUGUACAAUAUUAAUCAUCAAAAUGAUCCAACUGCAGAUUUUAUGGUCAAACUUUUAAAUGAAAACCUAUCAGGUUCUUACCCUUUUGUCUCUACCAAUUAAACAUUAAUUGAGACAGGAAUACACUUAUUCCAAUUCCAUUCCUACUACCAUAAUUACAUCAUGGCACGUUCAAGCACCAAAAGUUUUAUCAAAUUAUAAUGACGUUAACGCUAAGAAUGGAUUGCCUAUGUGAGUCUGCUAUGGGAAAAUCUACAGUAUUCCAUACAUGUGAUUGGUACGUGAGAUAGCGUCUUGCGCUAUUCAGUUUUUUGUAACCAUUCUUUUUAUUGUCAUUGUCUUCCGUCAGUAAAAUUGCGAGGCUUAUGCUAUUUUGUGGAGUCGUCUAUAUGAUUUGAAGUAUCUACGAAUUAUUUUACUUUUGUUAGGUCUGUCAUUUUGAUUUGUGCUUUAAAAUAAGUGCUGUAAAGUAUACAGGGUGUCCCUGAAAUCGACGUCCAACGGGCACUAGAUGAUCAGCAAGGUUCCAACUGUUAUCAAAAAAAUAUAAAAAAAAUUCUAAGUCCUACUGUUUUUAAAUUACAGUGACUUAUGUGUUAUCCACGAAAAAGUACACCCUGUGCCAGUCUUUUGACUCUUGUUGCUACAAAUCUCUAUUUUUUCGUCUGCAGUCUUCCUUACAUUAUCCUGAAUAGUGCUCCAGUAAUAUGGAAUCAUAAAUUCUUAGCCAACUGCUUUAGAUUGGAAAACAUUGUUAGUUUUAGAGGAACCAAAUACUCUGAAUAAAAUUUUCACCUUACUUUAAGUGACUGUACUGAAUAAAUUAUGUAUUGCGCUAGUAGUGGCAAAUUUCACCAAAGUUGGCGCAUUUAAUAAGGAUUAUAAAAUGGUAUAGCACUUUGCAAAUUAUUUCGUAAAUUCGACACAAAAAAAGAUUUUUCAAGGAAACUCCGUUUCGAUGAAUUUAUUUGAACUUACUAAUAUUUCUUCUAGUGUACUCAAAUCAUACGUUACAACCUCGUAUGCACUAGACAACACUUUGCACGCGAUUUGUUAUCAUCAUGUUGAAAAUCAGCGAGGAUCUCUUGUCAAACAACAUUGUCUGUCUACUCAUAAUUUCGCUUGCAGCUUUCGUCGGCAAUAUUACUAGACUUACUAGAGGAACUGAUGUUGUGAUUCAUGUUUCACUAAAUAAUAUUGAAUGAUUGCAAUAUAAUGUUCAUAGUGCAUCAAACAAUUAUCAAAUGUGUAGUAAAAUCAAAAGGAACGGACGCGGCAGCGUCAUGUAUACAGCAUAUCGACGCGGUAGUGGUAUGGUGUACAAUGUGUACAUGAGCCCUUACGCACAAUUACUCGUCAUAUCCCCAUCAAAAAAAAAAAAAAAAGAAAUGGGUUAAUCCUCCGAUUAAGUUACGUGUUCAUGCCUUGUGAUCAAAUGCGGGAUGAAGCAUCAAAUAUUCUUUAGUUUGUCGAGAAAGAGUUAUUUGCACCGUUACAAGGAAUUGCAGGUAAAGCAAAAAAAAAUUUAAAAAAUAAAUAAUCAACACGGCGCAAAAAAGCCAGUGGUCAGCUAAAAUGCCGAAGCCCGAGUACGAUGGCUCGAGAUGCACAACAUCAGUUCGUCUAGCGAUAAUAUUGCCGACGAAUGCUGCAAGCGAAUUCACGGGUAAACAGACAAUAUUGUUUGAUAAGAGAUCCUCGCUGAUUUUCAACAUGAUGAUAACAAAUAGCGUGCACAGUGCUGUCUAGUGCAUACGAGGUUAUAACGUAUGAUUUGAGUACACUAGAAGAAUUUUUAGUAAGUUCAAAUAAAUUCAUCGACACGGAGUUUCGUUGAAAAAUCUUUUUUUGUGUCGAAUUUAAGAAAUAAUUUGCAAAGUGCUAUACCAUUUUAUAAUCCUUAUUAAAUGCGCCAACUUUGGUGAAAUUUGCCACUACUAGCGCCAUACAUAAUUUAUUCAGUACAGUCACUUAAAGUAAGGUGAAAAUUUUAUUCAGAGUAUUUGGUUCCUCUUAAACUAACAAUGUUUUCCAAUCUAAAGCAGUUGGCUAAGAAUUUAUGAUUCCAUAUUACUGGAGCACUAUUCAGGAUAUUGUAAGGAAGACUGCAGACGAAAAAAUAAAGAUUUGUAGCAACAAGAGUCAAAAGACUGGCACAGGGUGUACUUUUUCGUGGAUAACACAUAAGUCACUGUAAUUUAAAAACUGUAGGACAUAGAUUUUUUUUUAUAUUUUUCUGAUAACAUUUGGAACCUUGCCGAUCAUCUGGUGCCUGUUGGACGUCGACUUCAGGGACACCCUGUAUAUUUCUGCUAAUUCCGAUUUUAAUUAAACAUAUUUAAGAGACUGGGUGCAGGUCGCUUCGAACCGGCCUAUCUGGAAGUCUUUGGGGGAGGCCUAUGUUCAGCAGUGAACGUCUUAUGGCUGAUAUGAUGAUGAUGAUAAAGAGAUACUAUGAUUUUAGGUGAUGGACUUUUGAUCAUCGAUUUGUAUAUUUUUUUAUAGUUAUCUAUAACGCUGAUGUGAAAACUGUGCAAGAAUAAAUAUUUAAGAAUGAAAACCGACACUGCCAAUAAAAUGCGAUGUUAUUUAUAAGUAAUAUAAUGUUAAAUAUUAUAACUAUGGAAUAUAUUCAUAGUCACCAGAUCCAGUGCACUUAUACAAGUGUAACAGAAAAGCAAUAUAGAACGUCUUUCUUUCUUUAUACACAAAGAAAAUUACGAAAAAGUAUUUUUAGAUUAUCGACCUUAUCUUAUCUAAGUGUAGUUAUAAAAUACAAUGUAACUAUAAUAAUAUAAUUAAGUUAUUAAUUAUAUUUUGUAAAUAUUAGUCGUAAGAAUUUUUGUAAGUAUUAAACUUGUAUUUUUAAA